GCGCUGCUGGUUGGUGUGAACCUGUCUGGUGUGUUUGUGCGGGUCCUUACUGAGCGCGCCCAGAGGAAGGCCUUUCUACAGGCCAGGAACUGCAUCCAAGAGCGCCUGCAGCUGGAAGAUGAAAAUGAAAAACAGGAACGCCUCCUAAUGAGUCUGCUGCCCAGAAACGUUGCCAUGGAGAUGAAGGAGGACUUCCUUAAGCCACCAGAAAGAAUCUUCCACAAGAUCUACAUCCAGCGGCAUGACAAUGUCAGCAUCCUAUUUGCAGACAUUGUUGGCUUCACCAGCUUGGCUUCUCAGUGUACAGCUCAGGAGUUGGUGAAAUUGCUGAAUGAACUCUUCGGGAAGUUUGAUGAGCUCGCCACAGAGAACCACUGCAGGCGGAUAAAGAUCCUGGGGGACUGUUAUUACUGUGUGUCAGGAUUGACCCAACCCAAAGCUGACCAUGCCCACUGCUGUGUGGAGAUGGGCUUGGACAUGAUCGACACCAUCACGGCAGUUGCUGAGGCGACGGAGGUGGAUUUGAAUAUGCGUGUGGGUUUACACACGGGCCGUGUGCUGUGUGGGGUUCUGGGGUUGAGGAAGUGGCAGUAUGACGUGUGGUCAAACGACGUUACACUGGCUAACAUGAUGGAGGCAGGGGGGCUUCCUGGCAAGGUUCAUAUCACCAGGGCAACGCUGGAGUGCCUGAACGGAGAUUACGAGGUGGAGCCGGGCAACGGCCACGAGAGACACACCUUCCUCAGCAAGCACGCCAUUGAGACCUUUUUCAUCGUGCCCUCACACAGACGCAAGAUCUUUCCGGGUUUGAUUCUGUCGGAUAUUAAGCCAGCUAAGAAGAUGAAGUUUAAGACGGUCUGCUAUCUGCUGGUGCAGCUCAUGCACUGUAGGAAGAUGUUUAAGGCUGAGAUUCCUUUCUCCAACGUCAUGACCUGCGAGGACGAUGAUAAGAGACGAGCUCUUCGCACAGCUUCGGAGAAAUUGCGCAGCCGCACUUCCUUCUCAGCUGGAGCGCUGCAUAAUUCUCCCGGGACGCGCGUGAACCGCUACAUUGGCCGACUGAUUGAAGCUCGGCAAACUGAGUCGGAGACAGCAGACCUCAAUUACAUCACUCUGACCUACCGGAGCAGAGAGAGAGAGAGGAGGUAUCAGCAGGUGUAUGAUGAUGGCUUUAUCAAUGCUGUGGCAAUCUCUCUGGUUCUCACUUCACUUUUUGCUAUCGUCUACUUUCUCAUCAUCCCUCAAGGUCUGGUGAUUGUGAUCCUGCUGGUUCUUUGUAUCUGCUUUCAUACGGCGAGUGUGAUGUACCUUCACAUCACUCAUGUGCAGUGCUCUCCUGACUGUCUUACUCUGCAGAUUAGGACAGUUUUGUGUGGCUUUCUGGUGCUGCUCUCAUAUUCCGUGACCCAGGGGUGUGUGGUGGCGUGCAUGCCGUGGUCCUGGGAGAGGAACUCCAGCGUUUCCAUUAUAACGGUGGUCAUAGUGAACAGCACCGCAGCAGGGGCGAGUGUGUGUAAAUACAGUCCGUAUGUAUUUUUAUCGUGUGUGAUGGCAUCGCUCUCUGUGGCCCUCUACCUGCGUGUGUCAUCAUUACCCAAAAUUCUCCUGCUGCUUCUCCUCAACAUCCUCCACACAGUCGUCAUGGAGACCAGUGGAUACCGGCAGGCUGUGGGAGGAGGCUUCUUUCACACAUAUGGGUAUGAUCCUGUGCUGGCAAUGCUACUUUUCUCUGGAGCCUUGAUACUCCACUGCAGACAACUGGACCUCAAACUCAGACUGGACUACCUCUGGGCCACUCAGGCUGAAGAGGAAAGAGAUGACAUGGAGAGAGUAAAACUGGACAACAAGAGGAUUCUGUUUAACUUGCUUCCUGCUCAUGUGGCUCAGCACUUUCUCCUGUCCAACCCACGCAACAUGGACCUGUAUUAUCAGUCUUACUCUCAGGUGGGCGUCUUGUUUGCCUCCAUCCCCAAUUUCAACGACUUCUACAUCGAACUGGAUGGGAACAACAUGGGUGUGGAAUGUCUGCGGCUACUCAACGAGAUCAUUGCCGACUUCGACGCGCUGCUGGAUAAGGAAUACUAUAGGGACAUUGAGAAGAUCAAAACCAUUGGCAGCACUUACAUGGCAGCAGUGGGCCUUGUUCCCACUACUGGAUCCAAGCCCAAGAAGUCUAUCUCAGCACAUUUAUGCACAGUGGCUGACUUUGCUAUAGAGAUGUUCGAUGUUCUGGAUGCGAUAAACUACCAGUCAUACAAUGACUUUGUGCUUCGAGUGGGUAUAAAUGUAGGUCCAGUGGUUGCUGGAGUGAUUGGUGCUCGCAGGCCUCAGUAUGACAUAUGGGGAAACACAGUCAAUGUAGCCAGCAGAAUGGACAGCACUGGAGUACAGGGCAAGAUCCAGGUGACCGAAGAUGUCUUCCGCCUCCUCUCCGGUCAUUACCGCUUCCUGUGUCGUGGUCAGGUCAGCGUCAAAGGCAAAGGUCAGAUGCUCACCUACUUUCUGGAGGGCCGAUCGAACGAGGGCAGUUUCCAGACACGCUCCAAAAGCCUGGAGCGCCGGACAAGCCCUUGCAUCCGGACCAAGCUAAGCCCAGCCCCCACUGUGAGCAGUUAUGGGGUCAAAGCACCCAGCAUGGGCCCUGGCCCUGCCCCCUCCAACAACAGCAUCCUGUACCUGCCCUCCGUGUCCGUUGACAUGGAGAAGGAGGUGUGA